UUUAACUAUCAUGGCUGCCUGGUAGAUAAACAACUCAAAUACAGCCAAAGAAAUUACCGAGCUGGCAAUUUGGAGAGACUUUUUUUUUUUCUUGGAUUUUGGCAAUUUGUAAUAUAACACGAGUGCUCAUCCAUAAACUCAUUGGAACGCUUGUGAUGACGUUACGUGUGAGUGAACAGAACAUGCCGUCGGACUGUGACGUCAUCGAUGACAUCGAGGAUAUGGUGACUCCCCACGAGCCCACCCCCCACGAGCGCCAGUUUUCUAGGAAGAGCGUCGUUCCUCGAGCACGUAGGAGGAAGGCGCUUCCAUUGCCUGAGGAACUGCAGGCAGACAGUGUGAUCCCGGGCACUCAGAAGGUGUGGGUGAAGACAUGGGGCUGCUCACACAACAACUCGGACGGAGAAUACAUGGCAGGCCAGCUAGCUGCAAGCGGAUACAAGAUGUCAGACAGCCCGUCUGAUGCUGACGUGUGGCUGCUGAACAGCUGUACAGUGAAGAACCCGGCUGAGGAUCACUUCAGGAACUCCCUCAGGAAGGCACAAGAUCAGAACAAGACUGUGGUGGUGGCUGGUUGCGUUCCUCAGGCCCAGCCGAGAAUGGACUACCUCAAGGGCCUGAGCAUAAUUGGGGUUCAGCAGAUUGAUCGAGUCGUGGAGGUGGUGGAUGAGGCAGUCAAAGGUCACACUGUCCGUCUGCUGGCCCAGAAGAAGGAUAAUGGCAGGCGUUUGGGAGGGGCGCGGCUGGAUUUGCCGAAGAUUAGGAAGAACCCGCUGAUAGAGAUCAUCUCCAUUAACACGGGCUGUUUGAAUGCUUGUACAUACUGCAAGACGAAGCACGCCCGGGGGAGCUUGGCCAGCUACAGUGUAGUGGAGCUGGUGGAGAGAGCCAGACAGUCCUUCCAGGAGGGCGUAUGUGAGAUCUGGCUCACCAGCGAGGAUACUGGCGCGUAUGGCCGGGACAUCGGCGUCACCCUGCCCAGUCUGCUGUGGGCACUGGUGCGCGAGGUACCCGAGGGGUGCAUGCUGCGUGUGGGCAUGACCAACCCGCCUUACAUCCUCGAGCACCUGGAGGAAAUGGCUAAGAUUUUAAAUCAUCCCCGAGUCUACGCCUUUCUGCACGUGCCUGUCCAGUCUGCCUCCGACAGCGUCCUGAUGGACAUGAAGAGGGAGUACUGCUGCCGCGACUUCAUGCGCGUCGUCGACUUCUUAAAAGACAAGGUGCCGGGCAUCACCAUCGCCACGGACAUCAUCUGUGGCUUCCCCGGAGAGACAGACGCAGACUUCCAGGAGACCUUGGAGCUGGUGAAGAAGUACCGGUUCCCGAGCCUCUUCAUCAACCAGUUCUACCCUCGACCUGGAACGCCCGCAGCCAAGAUGGAGCAGGUCCCAGCUCAAGUGAAAAAACAAAGAACCAAGCAGUUGUCCGCCUUGUUCCACUCGUACAACCCGUACGACCACAAGGUGGGAGAGAGGCAGCGUGUGCUGGUCACUGAGGACUCCUUUGAUUCACAGUACUACGUCGCGCACAACAAGUACUACGAGCAGGUCCUGGUUCCCAAGCGGCCCGAGUUCAAAGGGCAGAUGAUCACGGUGGACAUCUACGACUCCGGAAAACACUUCAUGCGAGGUCGCAUGGUGAAGGACACUGCUGUCAUCUCACCCUCCAUCAGCCGGCCGCUGCAGAAAGGAGAGGUGUCCGGCCUCGCCCAGGAAUUGAAAGGCUCGUGUCAGAGCGGCGUUCUGGCCCCCUCCACGCUGAUUGGCCGGUGGUGGAGACGUGCCGAUGAAGGACUCAAGGUGCUUUCGGCGGGGUUGGCUUUGCUGGCUGUUGCGCUCCUCUUUGUCUUCGAGAGCCUUCAACGCUGAAGGCGGAGGACCCGCCGCGUCGGAAGCUUCCCGCGGGGCCGCGGGGCUCCGUAUCUCGCCACCUCCACUGUGGCCCUGCCGGGAGUCCAGGUCACGCAUUUAGCUCAUAGCCUCGUGGGAAGGACUGCGGACGCCACGGACUUGUGCUACUUAUCGUAAAGGUUGCGUUUAACAGAGAAUGCCUUACGUUUGUUUCGGUGCUUCAUAUGAUCGCUUGUACCGUUUUUGUUUGGAAUGGACUGGUGAUGUUUUAGAAAUGACAUGGGUUUUUGGUUUUGUUUUUCUGUUUACUCUCUGUUCUCUUUCCCUCCGUUUCUUCUCAGUCCACACGUUUCACUGCCUGACCCAGACGCAAAGCAGUGACC